AUGUCCCUCGUCUGGCUCAUCACCGGUACUUCAUCUGGCUUUGGAAACGAGCUGGUCAAGCAGGCGCUGGCCCGCGGCGAUAAAGUGAUCGCGACCGCGCGUGAUGUCGCCAAGAUCGCUGCCUUCAAGGACGCUGGCGCAGCGGUGCUAGCCCUGGACAUCACGGCGUCUCAGGAGGAACUGGAUAAGAAAGCGGCAGAGGCGAUUGCUAUUUACGGUCGCAUUGAUGUGCUGGUUAACAAUGCCGCGUAUACGCAGUUCGGCACGCUUGAGGAUCUAGGGGAGCAAUAUGCCGUGCAGUUCAAUACGAACGUGAUUGGCACGGCGAACACCACGAGGGCCUUCCUGCCUCAUUUCCGCGAAAGGAGAGACGGGACUAUCGUCAACUUUGGCUCCAUGGCCGCGUGGAUCACGUACCCGACCGUCGGGGCGUAUUCGGCAUCGAAGGCCGCGGUUCGCUAUAUCACCGAGGCCCUGGACAAGGAGGUGUCCGGAUUCAAUAUCAGAACUCUCCUGGUCGAGCCGGGCUAUUACCGCACCGAGCUGCUCGGUCCCCAGAAUAGCAACUUCGUCGAGACCAAAAUCCCCGACUAUGAGGAGAUCACGAACGCGACGUUCUCUGCCUUCCGGGGCACGCAUGGCAAGCAGGUCGGCGAUCCGGUCAAAGCUGUGGCUCGGGUGAUCGAUGUGAUCAGGGGCGAGAACGGAGCGGCCGGAAAGGAGUGGCCUAAGGAACUGGUGCUGGGGUCUGAUGCGAUAGAGGCGAUUCGCACUAAGUGCCAGAAUACGUUGAAAAUGCUGCAAGAGUGGGAGGACUUCUCGACGGGCACGGACAUUUCGGGGUGACGGUGUUUGGAG